GAAAACACAGCUGCGCGCACGGGUUUUUUUGUAGGAAAAAGCACCUUAAGACCCACUUACCUAGCGACCACACCGCGGACCACGUAAUAUUAUUAUACGCAGCUUUCUUAGAAGACCGAAGAAAACUACACCACCAUCUGAUCGGCACGCUUGAUAAUAUCCCCACCAAAUAAGAUGCCGUCCUCGCAAGUAUUUUUUUCUCCCCUGGCCGCGACCCCGGGCCGCAUUAGCCAGGAGUGGCUGCAGGCGGGGAAACCGAAACUCGGGACGGCGACCUCUUCCUCCUCUACGGCGCAUUGCCAAACGGAGAUGAGUCGGAAGGAGAUCGAGAAGAUCGCGGUCCCCAUCGAGCACGCCACCUGGCGGCUGGCCGCCCUGCUUUCCGCCAGCGGCGACGACACGCUGCAGACGAAGCGAGAGCGGGAGAAGGCGCUGGCCGAGCCCCUGGCGGAGUUCCGGAAGGCCUACCAGUGCUUCCUCGCGACCCUGCUGGUCCAAGUGACCUGCAGCGGGUCGGCCGUCCCGCCGAACGAGUUCUUCCGGAAGGCGGUCCGGGAAUUCGCGGAGGAGGCGACAAAGCGAUUUUUGGCCUUGGAGAGCACGGUGGAAAGGUUUAUAAACGGAGAAGAAGCUGCAGUUGCUUUCGGGGGACAACAAGUAGUUUUCGCAGGAGAUCAACAUCCUGUAGUACCGGCUUCAUUUUCUACUACUGCCUCAUCGCAAUUGUCGGCGAGCAGACUCGCGGGGAAUCUGAUGGACACCUUGCAGAAGUGGAAGACGACCGUCCCGCGCAGCAACAAGAUGGCCCUGCGGGCGAAAUUUCUCAGGCAGGUCAAGCAGCUCAGGGAUUGCAAAAGGGAGCUGUUGUGCGAAGGGAAACUAAAUGGGGAGGAGGAGGACGUGGAGGACUGUGAACAAGUCGUCAACUACACCAGCGGCGUCAGGUACAACAAGCAUUUACCUGUAGCUUCGUACACCAUACGAGGCACCAUUGCCGCCAUCUUUUCGUUGAGAUUCUCUUGCUUUCUUGCUACAAUAAAGUGAUGUAGUGCUAACGAUAUAAUUAGAGGUAGAUGUUCUUAAACAAGAAAUAAUUCUAUUUGAAGUGAAAGUAAUAGCAAAUAAACUCACAGCAGCAGAAGUCCCUCCCCCACGACUGCGAAGAGCAAGACGAGUGCGGAGGAGCAGGCUCCCUCCCCGGCCACCACCCAGGCCUCCGAGGAAGUCGAGGAACUACCAGCAGUCGGGACGACCCGGGAACAAAGCAAAAAGCAGUCCCUGAUCGCCGCCAUCGCCGCCCUGGAGCAGUGCUGGGUCGCGACCGUGAAGUCCGAAGAACACGACGACGCGUUUUUGUACGACUUUGCCCUACAGAACGACCGGCACUUGAGCCUGCUCGACGAGGCGAUCGUGGCGAUCGCGAUGGACGAGGACAGUGGCUUCCUGGACGACGAGGACCUGCUCUCGGAAGAAGAAGAGCAAGAUGACGUGGACCAGGACCAGCAGGUCGGGGGCAGCGCGUUCGCAGAUCGUGGGCAGGAAGUUGUAGAGAAUGCUGAGGUCCACGAGAUCGUCACGGGUCUGAUCCGGCUCACCGACAAGCUAGAGUUGGUGCAACGCGAAGGGAAUAAGCUUUCCAGCUGUACGAAUACAAACACCACGGCGAAGAGUUGCGAAACGCGGGAGGCACUCGACAAGGCGAUUGCCGCGUUUCAGAAGGUGGCAGUGUGAUGAAAAAGCGGCCUGCUUUUGAUGUGUCUGUGAAAUUGAAAUGUAAACGUAGCUGAAUUUUCCUACCGUGCGGAUUGAAUGAAGAAGGGAGCACGCGGGAACAAAAUUGUGUACAAAAAAGCAACACCAUUGUGUAAUGAAAAAAAUCAGUACUGCUCAUGGG